AUGAGCAAAGUACAAGGCGGGAUGAAAUGUGUGAAAUACCUUCUGUUCAUUUUCAACUUCAUAUUUUGGCUGUUAGGCUUGGCAGUGUUAGCAAUUGGCCUGUGGCUGAGGUUUGAUCCAGAUACAACUAAACUCCUGACUGAGGAAGGGGCUCCAGAAACCUUCUUUAUUGCCGUGUACGUGUUGACAGGUGUGGGUGGGAUCAUGAUGCUGGUUGGAUUCUUCGGCUGUUGUGGAGCGGUCCGGGAGUCCCAGUGUCUGUUAGGAUCGUUCUUCGCUUGUCUCCUUAUUAUCUUUGGCGCGGAGGUUGCUGCUGGAGUCUUUGGAUUCUUGUACAAAGAUAAGGUCAUUGAAGAGGUGCAGAGCUUCUACAGCAGUUCCACUGAGGAAAACGGCAAUAACACCUCUGUCGCCUCCAUCUACCACAGUGUGCUGUGCUGUGGAGACUCAUCUCCCAGCCCCCCGCUGUGUCCAGACUCAGAGCUUGAGAAGGACUGUUUAAAAGCCAUAGAUGACUUCUUUCAUGAGAAACUUUUCAUCAUUGGCUAUGUGGCCAUUGGCAUUGCAGCAGUAAUGAUAAUUGGCAUGAUCUUCAGCAUGGUUCUGUGCUGUGCAAUUCGCAACAACAGAGAGGUCAUCUAG